CCCCAGCGGUUUUUUUCCUUGCAUGAUCCGCUGCCUGCCCUCCAUGUCUGUGGAGAAUUCACACCCAUGACUGAUGGGAGGAUGAAAGGAUAUUUGGACCAGCAAGUGCCUUACACUCCUGCACAGAAACCAACAGGAAAUGGAACCCUGGAGGGCAGAGUUGUGAUGGCUACGCGGCGGAAAUCCAUGGACCCAGGUGUGCCCCAUGUCCCAGAUGCAGAAGAUCUCUUCCACGACUUGAACCUGUUUCAGGAAACGUGGCUGACGGAAGCUCAGGUUCCGGACAGUGAUGAGCAAUUUGUGCCUGACUUCCAUUCAGAAAACUUAGCCCUCCACAGCCCCCCAGCUAAGAUCAAAAAGGAACCCCAGAGCCCAUCUUCAGAGGCAUCUGGCUCCUGCAGACACAGGCAGCCUUUUCAGUACCGUAACAGAGAACAAUGCCUCUUUGCCAGGCAAGAUUCCAACUUUGUGAGCCCUCACGGCCCACCCCAGGCUCCACCUGGCCGGACAUACCUUAUGGACCACAGCUCUUUGUACCAGCCGCAUGCUGAGACGGGCCAGUCCUUCCCUGCCUCUCAAGCCCUGGGAUCCGAGGCCUCGCCUGCGUAUCAGCGUCCCCUCUCUGCCCCAUGCCUGCCUUACCCGCCACAGGGUUUCAAGCAGGAGUUCCACGACCCCAUGUACGAGCAGGCCAACACGCUGGGGCCCGCUGGCAGCUCCCGGUACAACGCGGGAGUGGUGAUCAAGCAAGAGCAGAUGGACUAUGCUUUUGACACAGAUGUUCCAAGCUGCCAUUCGAUGUAUAUGAACUUAGAGGGAUACCCAGGUCAUUCCAACUCUGAUGGCGCAUUAGGAUACAGUUAUGAGAAACAGAUGCGGCCGUUCACCGAUGACGUUUGUGUUGUCCCUGAGAAGUUUGAAGGGGACGUCAAGCAAGAAAGCAGUGGGUUCCGUGAAGGCCCCCCUUAUCAGCGGCGGGGCUCUCUGCAGCUUUGGCAGUUCCUGGUGGCUUUGCUGGACGACCCCAGCAACUCCCAUUUUAUUGCCUGGACAGGCCGGGGGAUGGAGUUCAAACUCAUUGAACCAGAGGAGGUGGCCCGACUCUGGGGCAUCCAGAAGAACCGCCCGGCCAUGAACUAUGACAAGCUGAGCCGCUCGCUUCGCUACUACUAUGAAAAGGGCAUCAUGCAAAAGGUGGCUGGCGAACGUUAUGUGUACAAAUUUGUCUGCGAACCUGAAGCACUGUUCUCCCUCGCCUUCCCCGACAAUCAGCGCCCAUCCCUGAAGGCUGAGUUUGAGUGGCACGUCAGCGAGGAAGACACGGUGCCUCUCUCCCACCUGGACGAAGGGGUCGCCUACUUGCAAGAUCUGGGGGCGCAGCCUUACCGGAAAGGCUACACCUACUAACUGGCCACAGAAGGGACAGAGCGGAAAUGGGCGAGUUGUAUAUAUGAAGAUGUUUGUCAGUAAUCACCCAUGUAGAUUAUGGCCUUGGCUCUCCUAAGACUGAAUCCGAACGUACAGUGGAGGCUGCCUUUUGAACGGAGAAGCCGUGUGGUCCAGUACCUGGAGAGCAGGGCUCAGAUUUGGGUUUAAAUCCCACUGGAGCCACUGCCCCCCUCUCCCCGCUGGGUGGACUUUGGGGCAAGUCGCCUCUCUUUCAGCUUCUCCAAGGACUUGUCGCCUACCUCACAGGGAUGUUGUGAGGACAGACCAGAUAAAGAUUGCAAAGUGCUUUGUACACUGUUUUUUUAAAAGUGUUAUCUUGGUGACUAAACCAGAAUGAUGCUAAGCUCGAACCAGGGAAAGAGGCAAAGUCUGUCUGAUUAAAUGGGAUUCUGCCAGGCUACGGCUGUUGGAAUAUGCAGAAAUUCGAAAAGGCUUCUUUGUGGCUAAACGGCUGUCUGUGGUUGGAUUACAGGCUUUGGGGGAGGGAGGGCUGGGAGUCACACAACCAGGA